CACACUUGGCCAAUAAAGAAUUCUAAUCCUAACGAUGGUAAGAAAGGGCCUCUUGUGUGUGUGUCUCGUAUUCCUGGAUACCUUCCUAGUAAAUGCCACCCGUUGAACUGCAGACCUAUUUCCCUUCUUCCCCUUCUCGGUAGGGAACGUCCAAUCCAGACGGCUACCUCUCCACCCUCCCGGGUUCCAGCGUGGUCUUCCACUGGCCACGCAACGAUUACGACCAACUCUUGUGCGUCCGGCUGAUGGACGCCCCCAACUGCAUUUGGUCCGGAGGCUUUGAAGUCAACAAGAACAAUUCCUUCCACAUCAACAUGAGGAGGUCCCGGUCGUCUUCAGCCAACACGGCGUGGCUGAGCCCCGUCUCAGCACCGAAGUGAAGCCCUCCACCACUUUAGACUACGCCUGGGACGAGCCCACUCUCCCGCCUUACGUCACCCUGACCGUCAAAGGGGCCGGCUCGUCCGAAGUCACCUGCUGCAUGAAUGACUUCCAAGAGAGCAAGCAGUUGUAUUACGAAAACUUCAUCUACAUCGCGGCCACUUACACUUUUUCAGGG